AUGGAGAACAGGACACAGGUGGCAGCCUUCCUCCUGCUGGGCCUGACCGACGACCCCCGCCUGCGGCUGCCCCUCUUCCUCACCUUCCUGCUCAUCUACGCCAUCACUGUGCUUGGGAACCUGGGCUUGGUCCUGCUGAUCCUCCUGGACCCGAGUCUGCACAGCCCCAUGUACUUCUUCCUCGGGAACCUGGCGCUGGUGGACUUCUGUUACUCCUCCGCGGUCACUCCCACGGUGUGGGCCAGCUUUAGGGUAGCAGACCAAGUCAUCUCUCAUGACGCUUGCGCUGCUCAGAUGUUCUUUGUUACAGGCUUCGCCACUGUGGAAAACUAUCUGUUGGCCUCCAUGGCUUACGACCGGUACGCGGCGGUGUGCAGGCCCCUGCACUACCCCACCACUGUCACAGCGGGUGUGUGCGCAGGGCUGCUCUUCGGCUGCUACGCCUGCGGCUUCCUGAGCGCCUCCAUCUACACCGGCAACACGUUCAGCCUCUCGUUCUGUAACACCAAUGUGGUCCACCACUUUUUCUGUGACAUUCCAGCUGUCAUGGCUCUCGCUUGCUCUGACAGACAUUCCAACGAUCUGGUUCUUAUUUAUGUAGCAACCUUCAAUAUCUUUUUUGCUCUUACUGUUGUUUUAAUAUCCUAUGUACUGAUCUUUAUCUCUCUCCUGAAGUUGCAGUCAGGUACAGGACACCAGAAGGCUCUGUCCACCUGCGCCUCCCACCUCACCGCCGUCUCCGUCUUCUACAGCACUGUCGUCUUCAUGUACCUGCAGCCCAGCUCCAGGCACUCCAUGGACACGGACAAAAUCGCCUCUGUGUUCUACACCGUGGUCAUCCCCAUGCUGAACCCCGUGGUCUACAGCCUGAGGAACAAGGAGGUGAAGAACGCAUUCACAAAAAUUGUUUUGGGGGCAAAAUAA